UAAAACAUGGCGGAAUUUUUGAAGUGAAUUUAUCUAAUAGUUCAAUCUUUUAUUGACAUUUCAUGGUGCUUAUAUGUUUUAUCGUUGAUCACUAUCCCUUGAAAGCUGUAAGUCACCUUAGAGAAUAUGCAUUCGGGAGAUCAAAGCAUUAGCUAUUCACAACUUCGAGAAAAAUGGUUGGAGAGUGUAGAAGGAUUCGACUCAUAUGGUUUCGCCGUGUUUGCUCAAAACUCCGGUAAUAAAAGUUCCAGGUGCAAUACAUACCAGAAGCACCCACUGGAGCGGUGUGUAGAUGAGGAUGGGAAAUGGGAAGAAUUGAUGAAAAACUGGGAUCACCUCAAAGCUGACAGAAAGUUUGCUAAGUUGAGGUCUAUGCUGAGUAAAGGAGGUGUACCAGACCCUCAUAGGUCCUGGCUCUGGCAGACUUUACUGGAGAUGGACAGCUUGAAGACCACAUCUAAGUUUUGCUAUAAGUCUAGUGUAGCAGCAAUAAGAGAACAGCUGGUAGACCUUGGAAUUAGUGAAUAUGGAAAUAAGAAAGUUCUCCAUGCUCUUGGGGAGCUAGAAGAUGAGGACAAUGACCAGAUAGUGGCUGGUGGCGGCAUUGACAUACAUAUUGUUAGGCAGAUUUUCUUAGACUUAAGCAGAACUUACCCCACACACAAGAUGUUUAUGGAGAAUACGCCUCUAGCCAAGGAAACCAAGGGGUCACUUUUCAGAGUUUUAGCAUCUUAUGUCAGAUACAAUCCAGCAGUUGGUUACUGCCAAGGUAUGAGUUUCAUCUCUGGUCUCCUCCUGAUGCACAUGCAGGAACAAGAUGCCUUCUGGUGCACUGUGGCUUUGUUUGAGAGGCAGAAAUACCUGAUGGGAUUCUUUGAUUCACAUCUCAAAAAGGUGCAGUCUCAUGCAAGUGUUUUCAAGAAAUUGCUCAAAGACAGACUGCCCAGUCUGUCACAACUUUUGGAUUCCAAGGACUUAGACCCUCUACUGUAUAUAACUCCAUGGUUCAUGGGUCUGUUCACCAGUCUCCCUUCCUGGGACACAGUGCUUGGCAUAUGGGACAGGCUUAUGUUGGAAGGUGUAGGUGCCAUCUUUGCUGCAGCGCUGACCAUUAUGAAACUCUGUGAAGCAGACCUUGUAGAAGCUGAGGAAUUCUGUCAUAUGGUUCAGCUACUGCUACACUUACCUCCUGAGAAGAGUAGGUACGAGGUGUUUAUGCCAGUGUUCUGGGACACCAGAGUAGAGAAGUGGGAGCUGGACAGCCUGCUGGAGGUGGUCCACGAGGAGGCACACAAACCCAGUUCUGCCAGGAAGAGGAGGGUGCUGUCCUCCAGGGAGAAUACUCCAGACCAGAAUAGGAAGAGACAUAGACAAGAUGAACCAAUCAGUGUAUUUCAGAGAUUCAAGAACAUAUUCACUCCUGCACAAAGUGCCUCAGGAAACAGAACUGCUACUAGAGGUACCCUGAGUUCCAGACCCCAGCAUAAGCCACAGCUGGUACCUGGAGACAGGAGGAAGUCUGGAUACUCAAAGGGAAGAUCAGGGCAGCAGGGUGGAAGACUGUUAACUCCUGGAACUCCCAGACGCUCAAUGUCAUCCAACCAGUCAUUUAGAAAUGCUCAGCGUUCAAGUGCAAAAGCAAGUCCUGGUGUGAGGAAAGUUCUGCAGAAGAAAGGAACACCAGUGACCUCUAUUGGCAAUAGGCUUCACCAGCUGUCAGUGCAAUUCAGUGCAGACCAAGAGGCAAUAGAGAUUAGGUCUCCAAUGGGUCGUGUAAUGUCAGAGCAGUAUGUACGGAGGAGUCCUCGGAUAGCUAAGCAGAAAGCUCUAGUAGGAGUGAACACGCCCUCCUCCAUGACACCCAGAUAUGUGCGCUGCUCUGCCAAGGUGCAGCAUGCAUUCAAGGCCUUCAACACUCCUGUUCCUUUGAGGAAGAGUCAAGAAAGAAAGGUGACCCCUCAGCUGAACAGUGCCCCUGUGACUAGCCCUGAAGUAGAGUUACAGCCAAUAAAUGGAGACAAGUUGCUGCUUACAGCUGAAUGAUGAACAGAUUGUGAUAUCUGACAUAGUGCCUUGCUUUUUCAAAUUUCUUUAAGUUGGCUGCCAGUUUUAUAUAACAACGAGUAAAAAAAGAGAAUUUUAAGUAAGGAGACUGUUUCUUUUCCUUUACAGAAAUUUUAUUAAGUACUCUGUUCCACAAAAUAUAAUAUGGUAGCUGCCUCAGGAAUUGUUUUAUCAGUCCAAGUAUUUAUCAGAUUGGAAUUCAAGUAGAAUCUGUUAUUCAGUAUGAUAUAUUGGUUGAAUUGGUCAAUUGUAUUUACAUUUCUGCAAUUUGGAAAAAAACUUUGAAUAGAUUGUGUAUGAAAACUUAUACAUCUUGUGUAUUGAAAAAUAUAAGAUAGAUACAAACCACUAUUUGGUGCUGAACUGGCAGAGAAUGGGAACUUGGGGAUUUGUGAAUUAGAUUUGUUUAAAAAUACCAUUAAAAUUGUCCAGUGCUCUGAGAGCUAGGGUCCAUGUUUUUUCCAUCUUGCUGGGAGCUAUGGUAACAGGAUUGCUGCUCUGGUGGCAUUUUAAAACCACCUACUUGAUCUGCUGGUCAUUUUAUUGCUAAUUGAUUUCCACACCUACAAGUUAAUGACAUUGUAUGUUGAUCCUGAAUGCAGACCUAUGGUAGCUAAAUAGUUGGCAAUGGUAGAUCUAUAUUUCUUCUUAACAACUGAAUAGUAUUUCUUCCCUCAUACAGUGUGUUUUAUGUCCAGUCAACCAAUUGCUUUCCGGGGAGUUAGUUUAGGUGGGAGGGGGUCACACACUGUCAGUAAUGGAUAAGCAGUAACAUUAGUCAUUGGUUUUAUAGCCUUCCUGGAACACAUGGUAUAUUACAGAGGUCUUCUGUAUCUGCAAGGCAAACGUAGCUCCAUUAUAAAUGCACAAGGUGUCUGCUCCUUUUUAUGCUGCAGGCCCAAACCAUAGACCUUUAUAUCCUCUCUCUCUGUGCUUAUAGCAGUGGGCAGGUAUAUUAUUUUUUUCUCUAUUUUGCUCUGCGCAUGAACCUUUCUCUUUUAAUGUAGAAAUAAAUGGAAUCAGUUUUGAACAUGUGUGGUAAACCAGCUGUAAAAGUUCGGCACAAUUUUUAUGCCCUGAGCAUCUAAGUUUGGUUUUGGCUAAACGUACUGUAUGUCUUGGGGUGAUUGUAUGUUAAAACUUCCACACUUCAGUAUUGAUACAGGAUGUAUCAUGUUAUGUAUCAUAUUUAGCUUACAUCCAUAAUGUUGAAAACAUGUAUUACAAGGUAUUACAAUAAAACCAUGCCAUACACUGAGGUCAGAGGAAAUAAAAAUUGAUAACAAGUCUAAGUUGUGUGGAAGUAAUGGUAACAAACUUAUCUGUAGUUGUUCAUACAUAGACUGAUUUCUUUCACCUCUGAAUAGUAGUUUUUAGAAAAUUUGUAUCACAUUAGACGAGUAUGACCAAACAAAAAAUGAUACUUCGGUGAACUGAUUUUCACAAGUGAAAAUUGAGAGAACUAAGCAUAAAUAUCUAUUGAAAAAUUUUAUAUUCAAAGUUUCUUGUUUUAGAUCAUACACAAAAAUAAACAGCACUAUGUGGUAAUGUUGAAAUAUGAUCUCUUUUUGUCCAAUUUAUUAUGUUUCUGUAAUAUACACUCAUGCAGAUAUUUGGUAAAGGGUUACUUUUAUUUGUUUUUAUUAUUGUAACUUGUUAUAAGUUAUCUUAAUAUGAAUAAAGACAUUAUUGGUUGAUUGUUGUCAGGAUAUUUUACAAAUAUUUAAACACUAAAUUAAGAGCUUCCUCUACUUGCCUCUUAUUUUUAAAUAAAAGUGCAUAUUUUGUCUUUUUAUCAGAAAUAUUAUUUCAAAUUGUAACUUACUAAACACAGCCAUUGAAUAAAGGUUAAAAUUACUGUGAAAUAACUUAAUAUUGUUUUUAUACUGGAGAUGAUACAGUGUAUAUACCUUACCAUGUUGCUGGAAAGUAUGUCUGGU